UCCACAGUUAAUACCUUUACAAGCGAAUAUCUAGAGCGUAAAGAUCAAUACUGCUGGUUUAAUGCAAUAUUUAACGGGUACAUAUUGUGUUGACGCGAUCGAUUUCAAAUAAUAACAUGUAAUUUAUUCCGUGGCACCGGUUUGCUGUUUUUCCAAUACUCUCAGAAGAAAAUGUGUCCGGUUUUGGCGAUAUUUCCGUUUUUGAUAAUAAUAGUUCUGUGUUUUGGAAUUAACUGGUAUCUAAGACGGAAAUAUAUUAAAGCAGGCGACAGAGCUGUUUUUAUAACGGGCUGUGACAGAGGUUUUGGUGAGACGUUAGCAUGUAAGCUAGCUUUGGAAGGGUAUGAAGUUUACGCAGGUUGCCUGGAUACGGCGAGUGAUGGCGCUAAACGACUACAGACCUAUUCCAAAGUCACCGUCCUACAAGUUGAUGUUACAAACGACAAAUCUGUGGAAAGCGCCACACAAACAUUGUUCCAAAAUCUGUCUCAAAAGGGUUUAUGGGCAGUGGUAAAUAAUGCCGGUGUUGCAGUAUUUGCUGAAACCGAAUGGUGCAGUAUGGACGCGUAUAACAAAGUGAUAGGUGUGAAUCUCAUGGGGACAAUCAGGGUAACUAAAGCAUGUCUGCCUCUCGUCAGGAAAGCACAAGGCCGAGUCAUCACUAUAUCUAGUCUAGCAGGUCGACUAGCAUUGCCUGGUUUUACAGCUUAUUCAGCCUCGAAAUACGGUCUUAUUGGAUUCUCGGACAGUUUAAGGCGGGAAAUGAGGAAGUUCGGAGUCAAGGUCAUUAGUAUAGAGCCAAAACUUUACAGGACAGCCAUAUCAGACGGUGACUACCACGUGCAGAUGAACCAGAAAAUGUGGUCAGAGACAGACGAAAACGUCCGCGUGGAUUAUGGUGACACAUAUUUCCGCGCGUUUUUAGAGAAAAUGUUGACUAACCUACAAAUGUCAAGCAGACGAACAUAUCAAGUGAUAGAUGAUCUCAUGCACGCGGCUACAGCUAAAUACCCAUAUACACGCUAUGUACCAGGUCUUAAAAUACAGUUAAUGAGCGACUCAUUUGUGAUACAACCUACUUGUGUAUUAGACCAUUGUGUGGACACGAAAUUAAAAGUACCAUGUGUCCCAUUUUCAAUGAGGAAAAAGAAAUCGGCAUAAUAUUUAUUUCAUAACGCAUGUUAUUAAACUAAAUUUCCUUUUUUCUUUUCAAACUAAUAUGCUCAAAUAAUUUAUUUUGAUGAUAAAAAACAAAGAUUUGCUCAAGUGUUGUAAACAUGUCUACCAACUUACCAUUUUGAUAUGAUAUUCAAUCAAGUUGAUCUCAUACUCGGCCACAUUGUCUGCAUUUUACAUAGGAAUAUGUAGGCUUCACAAAAUCAGGAUAUUUACAAAAGGAUUGUAAACGGGUUUGUUUUGGGGUUUUUUAUUAUAGAAAAAACAACAUAUUGGUAAUCAGUGACCUUGACAUUUCUAGUUCUUCUGCACUCAAAAUGUGCUGUCAAAAAAGUACUCAAACUAUUUUGACGGUAUACAUGUAUUUGUAUAAGUGCACUAUCUUUUUUCAUACACAUUCCAUUACUGUUAAUACUCACUUAGUGACACUGUCAACUGUUUUUUUCCCGUAUUAUGUGUUUACAUUUUUAUAUGUUUCAAAAGAAAAUAAACAAACUCAUA